CCCGCAGUCCCGUCCGAACCACAGCGAGAGAGAAAGAGAGAGAGGGACAAAACUUUUUUUCAACAUUCUUAUUUGAGCUUGUGCCGUCAUUUCUGUCUCAGUCGGAACCAAGCUCGCUUUGGAUGCAACAUUACCCGUGAACCCGAUCUGAAGCGAUUUGUUUCCUUUUGCGAUUUUAAAUCUGGAGAAAAAGUUUUAAGUGAGUUCUGAAAUUUGUAUCCUAUUUUACCUUUUACUGGGAAACUGUGGACUGAAAACUGUUUUUAUUAACGAAGAAGAAGAAACGAAAAACUGGGUUUUGUGGCAAACAUUUUUUAUUUCUUUUGAACUCAUUAUUGCUUGUUUAUAGCCUAGUCAUUUGCACAGACCGGCAAAGGUUCAAAGAGACCAAAGCACUGUGCACUAAAAGUUCAGCUGACUUGCUAACUAAUCAACCAACUUGUUGCUAACUUAAGCGCACAGGAGUAGCGAAGAACCAAGGAAAACUGAACAAACCCACGCAGCGCAGCUCCAUGGUGAAAUCCAACGUGGAAGCUUGAAGAUUUCAUUUUAACUUCAGAACUUAUUUUCAUUGUAAUACUUACUGCCUUAUUUAACCGUCACAAUGAAGUGGAUCGCAUUGGUGCCUACAGUUUGCACAUUGGCCGUGAUUGCUGUCUUGGCAAAGGCUGAGCCAAAAUCGAAAAGUUGUAAUGAAGUCCGACUAGCAUAUAGUUCCAAAGGCUUCAACCUCAAUGAUGUUCCCAAUCAAGGAGUCAACGGUGCGCAUCUGAAGGUGUGUCCGCAGGGCUUCAGCUGCUGCACGGCCGAGAUGGAGGAGAAGCUGAGCCAGCAGAGCCGCUCGGACCUGAAGGCCCCCGUCAGCCAGCUGAGCUCCAGCCUGCAGAGCACCUUCACCCAGAGACACCGCCACUUCGACCAGUUUUUCCGGGAGCUGCUGGAGAACGCGGAGCGCUCCCUGCACGACAUGUUCGUGCGCACGUACGGGCUGAUGUACGUGAAGAACGCCGAGCUGUUCAAGCACUUCUUCAAGGAGCUCACGCGCUACUACGUCUCGGGCAGCGGGGCGGUCAACAUGGACUCCAUGCUGGCCGAGUUCUGGGCCGAGCUCCUGGAGCGCAUGUUCAAGCUGAUGAACGUGCAGUACGAGUUCUCCGACGCCUACAUGGAGUGCGUGGUGCGCCACAGCGACCAGCUCAAGCCCUUCGGCGACGUGCCGCGCAAGCUCCGCCUCCAGCUGACGCGCGCCUUCGUCGCCGCCCGCACCUUCACGCGAGGCCUGUCCGUCAUGCAGGAGGUGGUGGGCAAAGUCUCCACGGUGAGCGCGUCUCCGGGGUGUGUCCGCGCUGCCAUGAAGAUGCUGUACUGCCCUUACUGCUCGGGGCAGGUGGCCCUCAAGCCCUGCCAGAACUACUGCCUCAACGUGCUGCGCGGCUGCCUGGCCAACCAGGCCGACCUGGACUCCGAGUGGAACAACUUCCUGGACGCCAUGUUGAGUCUGGCAGAGAGACUGGAGGGGCCAUUUAACUUUGAGUCUGUGAUGGACCCCAUCGACGUGAAGAUCUCUGAUGCCAUCAUGAACAUGCAGGAAAACAGCAUGCAGGUCUCACAGAAGGUGUUCCAGGGUUGUGGGCAGCCCAAGCUGGCAGCAGGCUUCAGAUCCCGGCGUUCCCUGAAGGAGGGCAGUGGGGGGUUCACCGGACGCUUCCGCCCGUAUACCCCCGACGCCUGGCCCACCACAGCAGCUGGGACCAGCCUCGACAGACUGGUGACGGACGUGAAGAAGAAGCUGAAACACGCCAAGAAGUUCUGGUCCACCCUGCCGGAGACUGUGUGCGCCGGGGAGAGGGUCGCGCCGGGAGACGAGUGCUGGAACGGCACCGCCAAGAGCAGGUACGAGUCGGUUGUCAUGGGUAACGGCUUGGCCAACCAGGUGUCCAACCCGGACGUGGAGGUGGACGUCACGAAGCCGGACAUGGUGAUUCGUCGGCAGAUCGCGGUGCUGAAGGAGAUGACCAGCUGGCUGAAGGCGGCCCACAGCGGCAACGACAUCUCCUUCGACACCGAGGAGGGCGGGAGCGGUGCAGAGGAGAGUGGCAGUGGCUGUGAUUCGCCCUCCUGCGACGAGGAUCGGGACAUCUACUUCUCCACCCCGGUCCCCUUCAACCCCCGCCUGGUCAAGGUGGUGCACAAGGAGGUGGGCUCCGGAAACGGAGCUGCCCUGGCACGAGGCAGUACUGCACUGGCCCUGGGGGGCCUGGCACUGGCCCUGCUCACCCCCCACUGGAGAUAAACUCAACCACAAACUAACAGAGCGAUGGAAAACCAUAUUAUGAGGAGGAGGAGGGAAAGAGAGAAAGGGUGGGGACUGUCAGAGAAAGACAUUAAAAGACUGCCUUCAGGACCUUGGUCUGGCUGCCAUCUGGGGAAGACUCUUGAGUUAUUAAUAUUAUGAUAACUUCACUUUUUUUUUUUUUGUCAUCGGACAUCAGUGUACAGCAGUGGGAUUUUUCCUCAAACAUUUCUUCUCCUUUUGAUUUGCUUCUGUAUAUGAUCUUUAUAUUCCUGCAACCAGCUUGUUUUUUUUAUUUUUUAUUUUCUUUUAUUUGAACCCCUACCCCAGCCAUACACACACAUCUUCAACUGCAGUGUUGACUAAUUUUAUAUAGAGUAGCAUCGCUUAGCUUUCUGUUUUUAUCAGGCUUCUUGAGCGUGAUGUGAGACUAUGUGGAUCUGUAAAGGUGCGUACUGUACCCCAAUCACACUAAGGGCUCUGAAAUGCCAUCACUGUGCACAGAUUCCUCCCAGAAAACACACACACUUACACUCAUUACACUUGCAGCCAUCUAGUGUUUUUAGCGGCCACUCUUAAUUUUGCUGUAAUUUGCUUCUACCGUGUGUCUGUGCCCGCGUGUGACUGUGUGUGCAUGUCCGUGCACUGGUUUGUGUCAGAAGGGGAUUUAGGGAUGGGGUGUAUGAAUAUUUGGUUGGAGAGCGCUAUGUGGGCAGUGACAGAAUUCAUUCUACAGGAAACCAGCUGCCCAAGGAUCUAUUAAAGGGGGGAAAUUGG